AUGGUGACCACAACGAGUGCUGACACUAUGGACAUCCAGAGCAGACUUUCCAAGGAGAAAAUGACGGACUACAUUUUGACUGUCCCACCGAUAAUAAACGGCACAACUCUCAACAUUACAAUCGAUUUUAAUUUGGGGACCCUGGUUGAUCUAAACGAAAAGGACCAAUCCUUAACUUUAGACGGCUGGCUGGAUGUUGACUGGACAGAUCCCCGCUUGGCUUGGAGUGUGAGUGAAUACAAUACCACUGAAGUGUGUUUCAAGCAAAAACAAACCUGGCUUCCUAGCCUCGUGAUCACAAACACCUUGAAGGAAAGGAAGGUUAUGGGAUACGACGAUCUGUUGCUGUAUGUGAGUCAUGAUGGACACGUCACCUGGUAUCCGGGAGACAUUUACAAGACACGCUGUAUGGUAGACGUCACGUCCUUUCCGUUUGACUAUCAGACUUGUACGAUCAGUGUUGGACUAUGGCUUUCCAACGAUAAAGUGCGUCUUCAGGUAUCCCCCGAUCGUUCUGAAGAGAUAACAAGUGACAAACCGAACAGUGAGUGGGAAAUUGUAAAACUUUCGAAACAUGUACGUAACGAUGAGGUGGAAAUUGUUAUCAACAUGAGAAGAUAUCCUUCAUAUUAUGUCCUUAAUCUUCUUCUGCCAGUAAUGUUUAUAUCUUCUUUGAUACCAUUUGCGUUUGCCUUGCCUAUGGAGAAAGGUGACAGAGUGAGCUUCACAAUGUCCGUCGUGCUGUCCCUUGUGGUAUUCCUGACCCUUCUUGGUGAUACUCUCCCAAAAACGUCUCUGCAGAUCUCCAUUCUGUCCAUCUACAUCACCACCCUGCUAGGUAUCAGUGUUCUGUCAGUUGUCAUGGUAAUCCUCAUUCUCAAGAUCUCAGCCAUCUCGGACUCUAGACCGAUUCCAGCUUGGAUAAGGCGAACUACUUGCUUGAAUGAAAGGAAGUUACGACAGGUCAAGAAACGCGUCGUCCCUGCACACACACACCACCCAACAGCAAGAUUCUCUGACCCCAGUCAAUUGUCAAUCGCUCAACGCGGUUGA